AUUUCACGACUCUUCUGUCUCGGAAAACGUUUGUUCUGUUUGUGGUGCUUCGACGAGUAAAUCGCGCUUAAAAUUCCUCCGGUGUCCCGCAACCAGCACAUCCAGCAAUGAGUUUCACGUUCGGUCUUCCUGCCACCAGCACCGCGGCAGCUGCCCCCACACUGGGCGCUCCAGCCGCCGCCCCUGCGGCAUCGUCCGCCAGCACCGGUUUCAGCUUCGGCAGCACGGCAACUUCCGCUCCGACGCUGUCCUUCGGGGGUGGUCUUGGCGCCACCGCAGCGGCUACUCCGGCCGCCACUAAUGCUCCUACAGCUGCACAGGUGGCCCCUGCAACGGCGGCGAUUCCUGCGGCCACGACCAGCCAACUUACGCUGGGUAGUUUUGCGGCCCCAAAACCGGCAGAUUCCGCGGCCCAACCGGCCGUCAAUUUGACCACGACAACUCAAACGACCCAGUCGACGGCGGUUUCCGGUGCGCAGCAGCUCAACUUUUGCCAGCUGGAAGAGUUCAUCAACAAGUGGACACUGGAGCUGGAGGAGCAGGAGAAGCUGUUUACGAACCAGGCCACUCAGGUCAACGCUUGGGACAAACUCCUUCUUGGAAAUGGCGAAAAAAUCAUCGCUCUCAACGAUGCUGUCGACAAGGUCAAAGCCGAACAGGUCGCCAUGGAACAGGAGCUGGAAUUCAUUACCGCGCAGCACACGGAACUCGAAGAGUGCAUAAUCCCGCUCGAAGAAGAACUCUCGAAAAUCGUCCAGGUGGACAUCGAGCGCGGCCAGACGUACUCGAUGGCGGAAACGCUGGACUCGCAGCUGAAGCAAAUGUCCGAGGACCUGAAGGAAGUGAUCGAGCACCUCAACGAGUCCAACAAGUACUCCGAUCCGAGUGACCCCUUGGUGCAGAUUGGAAAGAUUUUGAACGCCCACAUGAACUCGCUGCAGUGGAUCGAAUCGUCGACGUCCGGAAUCGCGAACCGGCUCGAGGAUAUCGGCAAGAUGCACGACACGCUGCGGAAGGACAAUGAACGGUCGUUCCGGCUUACUUACUAUGACAACUAGUUCUAGGGGCGGAAGUAGUUCUUGCAUUCGUCAAUGUUUCUAUCCAAUAAACUAAUGUUAAUCAGUGA